GUGUGUAACGUGUGUGUGUAACGUGUGUGUAACGUGUGUGUAACGUGUGUGUAACGUGGCAGACGUGGAUAUGGAGUUGUUUGCGCUCGUGGCCGUGUCAUUGAUUAUUGGAGCGCUUAUUAUUUUAGUCGCUGUAGCUGUAAAUAAACAGAAAUCUAAACAGACUGAAGAAGAGGAGCAGAGCGAUAAAGCAGCUGCGAAGACCUCGCUAAAGGCAUCAACUGCUAAGAAGCAGAAAGCACUGCAGCGUCCUCGCAAGGAGAAACCUCAGCAGCACACGUUCUCCCACCCGCUGCUGGCCUCCUCACUGAAGAGUCACAGUGGUGCAGUGACCUGUGUGGACUUCAGCAGUAACGGUAAAUAUUUGGCCUCCUGUGCUGAUGAUCGCACCGUUCGCAUCUGGAGCACUAAAGACUUCCUGUUGAGAGAUCACAAAUGUCUGAGGGGCAACGUGGAGUACGACCAUGCUACACUUGUUCGUUUCAGCCCUGACUCUCGAGCCUUCAUCACAUGGCUGGCGAAUGGAGAGACGAUUCGUAUUUUUAAGAUGACCAAGAAGGAUGACAGCACGAUGAGUUUUAAAGCAGCUCCCGAGGAUUUCCCUCGAAAACACAAAGGCGUGGUCAUCUCCAUGGCCAUCGCAGACACAGGGAAGUUUAUAAUGACCGCUUCAGUGGACACCAGCAUCAUCAUCUGGGACCUGAAAGGAGACGUGUUGGCCUCCAUCACCACCAACCAGAUGACCAACUCACAUGCUGCUGUUUCUCCCUGUGGCAGGUUUGUGGCAGCGUGUGGAUUUACUCCUGAUGUUAAAGUUUGGGAAGUGUGUUUUACUAAAACAGGAGAGUUUAAAGAAGUGAAUCGAGCGUUCGACCUCAAAGGACAUUCAGCUGGUGUGUACUGCUGUGAUUUUUCCAACAACUCCAGCAGGAUGGUGACGGUGUCUAAAGACGGCACGUGGAAGCUGUGGGACACUGAUGUGGAGUAUAAGAAGCAGCAGGACCCGUACCUGCUCCGGACUGUACCAUGUCAGGUAUCAGAGGGGAGUCGCAUUGCUCUGUCUCCAGACGGUCGUGCGGUCGCCGUGUCUAGCGGCCGAGACCUUUACAUGUACAAUGCGAGCUCGGGUGAGUUGGAGGAGGAAUUCCACGAUGUCCACAGCGAAGACAUCACUGAUCUCAGAUUCGACAUUAAUAACCGCUUCCUGGUGAGCAGCGGUGACCGCGCCAUCAGGGUCUUCCACAAUGUGAGCGGUUACCGUGCGGCCAUCAGCGACAUGCAGGUCCUGCUGAAGAAGAGCACCAACUCUGGGGUGAAGCAGCGGCUACAGCAGCAGAUCACUGAGGCCCAGAGCGCGCUGGACACCAUCAUCGGCACCCAGAAGAGCUGAACACCAUCAUCGCCACCCAGAAGAGCUGAACACCAUCAUCGCCACCCAGAAGAGCUGAACACCAUCAUCGCCACCCAGAAGAGCUGAACACCAUCAUCAGCACCCAGGGGAGCUGAACACCAUCAUCGGCACCCAGGGGAGCCGAACACCAUCAUCGGCACCCAGGGGAGCCGAACACCAUCAUCGGCACCCAGGGGAGCCGAACACCAUCAUCGGCACCCAGGGGAGCCGAACACCAUCAUCGGCACCCAGGGGAGCCGAACACCAUCAUCGGCACCCAGGGGAGCCGAACACCAUCAUCGGCACCCAGGGGAGCCGAACACCAUCAUCGGCACCCAGGGGAGCCGAACACCAUCAUCGGCACCCAGGGGAGCCGAACACCAUCAUCGGCACCCAGGGGAGCCGAACACCAUCAUCGGCACCCAGGGGAGCCGAACACCAUCAUCGGCACCCAGGGGAGCCGAACACCAUCAUCGGCACCCAGGGGAGCCGAACACCAUCAUCGGCACCCAGGGGAGCCGAACACCAUCAUCGGCACCCAGGGGAGCUGAACACUGGGCUCUAGGUGGUGUUUAUUCAACACGAACUGCUCCUUUAAUAAGUGUUUUAUAGCAGUUUUCUGUUUGAUUUUAUUAAUUGAAAAUAAACUUUGAUGUAUUUCA